AUGGUCCCCCCUCACACCUCCCCUCACCUCGGUUCACACAUGUCUCCCCUCCUGCUCCUCGCGACGUGUCUGGCCGGCGUGUGCUCGCUCCCCCCGGCGGAGGAGCCACGGGCCCCGGAGCGGCUGCUGCUCCGCUCCCUGGGGCUGUCGGCGGCCCCGCGGCCCCCGGGGGGCCCCGGGACCAGGACCCGGACCCGGCCCCGGCGCGUCCCCGCCGCGCUCUGGAGGAUGUUCCGCGCGGCCGAGCAGCACACGCAGCCCCGGGACGGGGAGCCGUGCACGGUGUCGGAGUACGGAGUCCGCGGGAACAUUAUCCGCUACGUGCAGGACCAAGGCAGCCUGGUGUCUGGCGUCAGCAGCAGCAGCAGCAGCAGCAUCGGCGGGGGCCCGGCCCGUCUGGAGAAGCAGCUGUUCUUCAACAUGUCCGUCCUGCAGCCCGUGGAGCUGCUGUCUCUGGCCCGGCUGGAGCUCCGGCUCCACUGGAGGCCGGUCCGGGCGGCCGACUUCCUGCAGGGCUCCGGGGCCGUGGGGGCCUCGCUGUACAAGGUGAUCCGGGCCACGCUGAGGGGGGCCGACCGCCACGCCAACCGCCGGCUGCUGCUGGCGCAGUCGGUGCAGCUGCAGUUCGAGCCCAGCUCCAUCACGGUGGACCUGACCGCGCUGGCGGAGAGCUGGCGCUCUCCGGGACGCAACUACGGCCUCAUGGUGGAGCUGCUGCCCCUCCGUGCAGCUCCGGAGGAGUCCCUGGACCUGCCGGAGGUCCGGGCCCAGCUGGUGGCCGUGUCCCUGGACCCCCAGCAGUGCCGGUCCCGGCAGCGCCGCAGCGCCGUGCACCUGCCCGUCACCCCCAGCAACGUGUGCAAGGCCCGCCGCCUCUACAUGGACUUCCGGGACGUGGGCUGGCAGGACUGGAUCAUCGCGCCGCAGGGCUACAUGGCCAACUACUGCCACGGGGAGUGUCCGUUCCCGCUCAGCGAGAGCCUGAACGGCACCAACCACGCCAUCCUGCAGACGCUGGUGCACUCGCUGGACCCGCGCGCCACGCCGCAGCCCUGCUGCGUGCCCGUCCGCCUCUCGCCCAUCUCCAUGCUCUACUACGACAACAACGACAACGUGGUGCUGCGGCACUACCAGGACAUGGUGGUGGACGAGUGCGGCUGCCGAUGAGACACCCGCCAUCGAUAAGACCUCUACGUCUGACUGGAAGUCUAAAUUUAUCACUGUUGCUCAGCGGUCUAACAGUUCUGGGGGGAAUUUCAGUA